AUGCGUCUGCAGGGCCUGGAGCAGCGAUCUACGACAAGCAAAAACUCACUCUUGGCUUCUGUUGCGGAUGAUAUCGGCGCAACUUUCAUUUCUAUCGCGAAUCAUGCGAAUGCUGGCAACCUGGACGACGCGGAUCUAGGACCAUUUGAAAACGUGGCGAGAAUCAUACACCAAGCCAGCAAUGUGGAGCAGCAGGUACUGAAAAGCCAAGUGCAGCGGUUAAAGAGGGGUAACCGCGGGCUCCGACGUGAGUACCAGAAGCUAUAUGGGUUUGUCGAGAGGCUGGGUCGGGAAUAUGAUGGGAAAUUACUAGCUCUAAAGGAUCGGGAAGGUCAGCUGCAGACGCAAGUGAAAGAUCUGAAGGCGGAUCGAGAGCUAUGGCGAUUACACAUCGGUUUGAAGCCAUGUCAUAUUGAGACCAAAAAUGUUCCUGAGAUCUCAGAGGCACUGAGAGAAAGGGGGAAAACCCGGGCAGUCGACGGCGAACCUGAUGGAGAGCGGAAAGAGGAUGACGUCCAUUUCAACACGGAGAUGGAGUAUUGA